AUGGCACCCCACAGCACCUCCGAUCCAACCCUGGAUCCCUACUCCACCAUUCUUUCCUAUGGCUUCCAACCCUCCGCCACACAAACCAAGUCCCUCCACAAUCCCGCCCUCCUCCACCGCUCCCUCGCUCACCGACCCGACACCGUAACCCACGCCUCAGGCAUCCACCUCACCCUCUCCUCCGGCCGCACCAUCAUCGACGCCUGCGGCGGCGCCGCCGUCUCCUGCAUCGGCCAGAACAACGACGAGGUCCUCGCCGCCGCCCUGCAGCAGAUGCGAACCGUAAGCUACGUGCACACGGGCGCCUACACGACGUCCUCGGCCGAAGACCUCGCCUCCGUCAUCCUCGACGUCGGCGCUCCGUACGGGCUCGAGAAGGCCUUCUUCGUCGGCAGCGGCAGCGAAGCCAUGGACGCGGCGAUGAAGCUCGCGCGGCAGUUCUUCUACGAGGGCGGACGGCCCGAGCGUAGGCAUUUCGUGGCCAGGAGGCAGAGCUAUCAUGGCGCUACCCUCGGCGCCAUGUCCCUGUCCAGUAAUCUCGCGAGGAAGGUGCCGUAUGAGCCGCUCUUGUUGAGUAACGUGAGCCAUGUCGGCCCCGCGUAUGCGUAUCAGUAUCAACGUGCAGAGGAGUCGGAGGAGCAGUAUGUCAUGCGCCUCGCUGAAGAAUUGGAUGGUGAGUUUCAGCGUCUGGGGCCUGAGACCGUCAUCGCGUUCGUCGCCGAACCAAUCGUCGGCGCAACGUCCGGAUGCGUGCCUGCUCCCUCUGGCUAUUUCCGCGCCGUGAGGGAGGUAUGCGAUAGGUAUGGCGUUUUGCUGAUUCUGGACGAGGUGAUGUGCGGGAUGGGCCGCUGCGGCUCUUAUUUCGCUUUUGAGCAACAGGCCGUGGUGCCGGAUAUCAUGACCAUGGGUAAGGGAUUAGGCGGCGGUUAUGCGCCGAUUGCGGGUGUGUUGGUUGGUCGGAAGGUGGUCAAGGGGUUGAGAGAUGGGACGGGGAUGUUCAAUCACGGGCAUACGUAUCAAGCCCAUCCAUUGAGUUGCGCGAGUGCACUGGCUGUGCAGAAGAUCAUCAAGAGAGACGGUCUAGUCGAGCGGUGCAGAGACAGGGGUCUGUUUCUCGAGAGGGAACUACGUGAGGCUUUAGAGGGUAGGAAAUACGUAGGCGAUGUCCGGGGCCGGGGCCUCUUUUGGGGCAUCGAGUUUGUGCAGAACAAAGAAACGAAGAGGAGCUUUGAGCCGAAGACCGAAUUUGGGUAUAGGGUGCAGAGGAAGGCUUUUGAUCUAGGAGUUGCUCUCUAUCCUGGGGCAGCAACUGUCGACGGGGUCAGGGGUGAUCAUGUGUUGAUUGCUCCGCCUUAUACUGUCACAGAAGCAGAGUUGAAGACGAUUGUGCAGGUUUUAAGGGAGGCUUAUGAUGCUGUAGAGCGGGGUGUUGAUGAAGUAAGUUGA